CACGCAGCGGACCAAGCAAGAUCCAUUUAAUCCCCUGCAAACAAACACUGCUUGUCUCCCCGCCCCUCCCUCAAGCAGACUCACUACCACCACUCCGUCUACACACAUAGGCGCCGCAAGCAUGGCUGACAAGUACAUCCCCGAGCACCGCCGCACAACUUUCAAGGCCAAGAGCGCCUUCAAGCCUGACGAGCUCCGCCGUCGCCGCGAGGAGCAGCAGGUCGAGAUCCGCCGGGCGAAGCGUGAAGAGAACCUCGCAAAGCGCCGCGGCAUUGGAGGCGGCGCCGACCGGCCCGGAGCCUCGCUGGGUGCUGCACCAGACAGCGACGAUGAGGGCGGCAACAUCGAGGGACAGCUCAACGAGGAGCUCCCCCAGAUGGUCAAAGGCGUCUUCUCCGAGCAGAUCGACGAGCAGAUCCAGGCGACGACAAAGUUCCGCAAGCUCCUGUCGAAGGAGCGCAACCCUCCCAUCGAGCGCGUUAUCGAGACGGGCGUUGUCAGCCGCUUCGUAGAGUUCCUCCGCUCUCCCCACACACUGGUGCAGUUCGAGGCAGCAUGGGCCCUCACCAACAUUGCCUCCGGUUCCGCACAGCAGACACAGGUCGUCAUCGAGGCUGGUGCCGUCCCCAUUUUCGUCGAGCUUCUGAGCAGCCACGAGCCGGACGUCAGGGAGCAGGCGGUGUGGGCUCUUGGUAACAUUGCCGGUGACAGCCCCGCAUGCCGCGACUUCGUCCUCCAGGCUGGUGCUCUCCGCCCGCUGCUUGCUCUUCUGGGCGACAGCCGGAAGCUGAGCAUGCUCAGGAACGCAACCUGGACUCUGAGCAACUUCUGCAGGGGAAAGACUCCCCAGCCCGACUGGCAGACUAUCCAGCCCGCCCUCCCUGUCCUCGCCAAGCUUGUCUACUCCCUCGAUGACGAAGUCCUUAUCGAUGCGUGCUGGGCUAUCUCCUACCUCUCGGAUGGCUCCAACGACAAGAUCCAGGCAGUCAUCGAGGCCGGCAUCCCUCGCCGUCUCGUAGAGCUCCUGAUGCACGCCUCCACAUCCGUCCAGACACCCGCUCUCCGAUCCGUUGGUAACAUCGUCACUGGUGAUGAUGUCCAGACCCAGGUCAUCAUCAACUGUGGUUCCCUGCCUGCUCUGCUCUCUCUGUUGAGCUCCACUAAGGAUGGCAUUCGCAAGGAGGCGUGCUGGACUAUCUCCAACGUCACUGCUGGUAACUCCACACAGAUCCAGGCGGUCAUCGAUGCCAACAUCAUUCCUCCCCUGAUCCACCUGCUCCAGAACGGUGACUUCAAGACCCGUAAGGAGGCGUGCUGGGCCAUCUCGAACGCUACCAGCGGUGGUCUGCAGAAGCCCGCUCAGAUCCGUUACCUCGUGCAGAGCGGAUGCAUCAAGCCCCUGUGCGACCUGCUCGUGUGCCCUGACAACAAGAUCAUCCAGGUCGCUCUCGACGGUCUUGAGAACAUCCUCAAGGUCGGUGAGAUGGACAAGGAGGCCGGUGCUGACGGCGCUGGCGAGCAGAUCAACCGCUACGCUCUCUUCAUCGAGGAGGUCGGCGGUAUGGAGAAGAUCCACGAGUGCCAGAACAACGCCAACGAGGAGAUCUACAUGAAGGCCUACAACAUCAUCGAGAAGUACUUCUCGGAUGAGGAGGGUGACGCAGAGAACAUGGCUGAGACCAACCCUGCCGUCAACCAGGAGGGUCACUUCGGUUUCGGCGCCGGCGGCCAGCAACAGCAGCAACAGAACUUCAACUUCGCCAACGGCGGUGACUCCAUGGACAUGUGAGCGGUCUGAACCAGACCACUAUUCCACACGCCAGCUCAAGCAUACGUUCAAGUGCUUCUCUCAGCGUGAGCGAGCCGUAAGAGCUACUCCAGCAGCUGCCACUGCCUGCCAGUACUCGACUUGAGAUCACGAUCAUCCAACGAUUUGAUGCACGACUCUUGGAGAAUUACGAUACACGCGCGCCUUUGGGAGUUCCCUUAUUCUUCGCAAUACCCCCAGUCUUCACUUCCGCCUCCCCUCUGUUUUUACGAAGCAUCGAAAGAUUCACCGUCUUGUAACCCCACCAUGUUUAUUAUCCGCAUCAUGUCCCUGGCGUUGCUAUUUGUUUAUCCCUAUCUUGUAUGGCUGAUGGGCAAGACUGGACUGGUUGGGCUGGGUGGUUUUAUCUGUUGGGCGGUCGCACCGUGAACGAACAGAUCAGUGAGCGGGCACAAUCUGCGUGCUCAACUCAUGCGUAGCAGCUAUUAGCUGUGGGAUAC